GAGUUCACGAGCAUCUCGAAAAAACUCCAGAACCAUGGCCCGCCUCUUGGUAGUCUGCGUACUCUCCGUGUCUGUGGCCUAUGCCGCCUCAUACCAGUAUUCGAUCGGGAGCAGCGGCCUCUACGGUGACGACAGCUCUAGCUUUGGUGGUAGUAGCGGUCUAGGAUUUGGUAGUGGUGGCUUCGGCGGCAGCAGCUAUGGUGGCGGCCUCGGCAGUCUUGGCUUUGGCAGCAGCGGCCUCGGAAGCGGCAGCUACGGCGGCUACGGAAGCUACGGCAGUAGCGGCCUCGGUGGUUUAGGCUUCGGCAGCGGUGGCUAUGGAAGCAGUGGCUACGGUAGUGGCGGCUAUGGCGGCUAUGGCAGCAGUGGUCUCGGUGGUCUUGGCUUCGGCAGCAGCGGAUACGGCAGUGGCGGCUACGGCGGCUAUGGCAGCAGUGGUCUCGGUGGUCUUGGCUUCGGCAGCAGUGGAUACGGCAGUGGCAGCUACGGCGGCUAUGGCAGCAGUGGUCUCGGUGGUCUUGGCUUAGGUAGCAGCGGAUACGGCAGUGGCAGCUACGGCGGCUAUGGCAGCAGUGGUCUCAGUGGUCUUGGCUUAGGCAGCAGCGGAUACGGCAGUGGCAGCAGUGGCCUCGGCGGUCUUGGCUUUGGCAGCAGCGGAUACGGCAGCGGUAGUUACGGCAGUUAUGGCAGCAGUGGUCUCGGUGGUCUUGGCUUCGGCAGCAGUGGAUACGGAAGCGGCAGCUACGGCGGCUAUGGCGGCAGUGGUCUCGGUGGUCUUGGCUUCGGCAGCAGCGGAUACGGCAGUGGCAGCUACGGCGGCUAUGGCAGCAGCGGCCUCGGCGGUCUUGGCUUCGGCAGCAGCGGCUACGGUAGUGGCAGCUAUGGCGGCUAUGGCAGCAGUGGUCUCGGUGGUCUUGGCUUCGGCAGCAGCGGAUAUGGCAGCGGAUACGGAAGCGGCAGCUACGGCGGCUAUGGCAGCAGUGGUCUCGGUGGCCUUGGCUUCGGCAGCAGCGGAUACGGCAGUGGCAGCUACGGCGGCUACGGCAGCAGCGGCCUGGGCGGUCUUGGCUUCGGCAGCAGCGGCUACGGUAGCGGCAGCUAUGGCGGCUAUGGCAGCAGUGGUCGCGGUGGUCUUGGCUUCGGCAGCAGCGGAUAUGGCAGUGGCAGCUACGGCGGCCAUGGCAGCAGCGGCUACGGUAGUGGCAGCUACGGCGGCUAUGGCGGCAGUGGCUUCGGGAGUGACGACUAUAGCAGUGGAUCAAUGCAGAAGUCAGUGAUGUAAACAACAAGCUGAGCAAAACGAGAUGCGCCGGCGGGAGGGGUUUACUAGUUCAAUAAAAAGCUCGCUUCUCCACCGCUUCA